AUGAGUUACUUCCAAUCUUCAGCGGGGUUUAGAGGUGAAUCUUUGGGAUUCAAGAGGAAUUUCAGCUGGGUAUUUCUGGUGGAUUGGAUUCUGACAGUUAUUCUUACCCUUGCAACACUAUUCUACUUAUCUAGAGCGUUUGCCUAUGGGGUUACUUUCAUAUUAGAGUGGCUUUUGUGGAAGCAAGCGAAGGUAAAAGUUAGCAUAGGAGCACUGAGAAUCUCUCUACUAGCAGGAAGAGUAUUUUUCAAGAACUUAACAAUCAUUGAUAAAGACAGAACAAUAACGAUUCUGGAAGGAAGCAUUACAUGGCGAUAUUGGCUCAUAAGAACUAGGAAAUCUGAGUACCGUGUUGCCCAAAUGGCACACGCUUCUGCUGGUAGCUCCGGUAAUUCAGAAGAUGAUACGAAGUUUGACAUCGCUAACUAUAUGGAGAAACAACUUAAACUGCCGUGCCGAUUCUUAUUUGAAUGUGAAGGGUUUGAAAUGUUCAUCUAUAAUCGCACUUACGCCUACGAUAAUAUUGUUAAUGUAUUAUCGAAAGUUGAAAGAGAGAAAUUUGAAAAGUUUAUGGCUGAAAACGAUUUUCUAGAUCCAUCAAGUGAUGGUAGCAGUGACGAUAAAAUUGAGGAAACUUCUUCAGCUACUAAUUCUACAGAUGAAGAAACUAUAGCAAAUGAUCGAACCUUUCAGAAUGAUACUAGAAAAACCUUACCAAGAUACUUAGAGGCUCUGCCCAUUGAGGCUUUAUUGAACAAAGGUUCUAUUUUGAUUGGUAACAAAUUCACUCCAUGUGUGCUAAUACUAAGUUUUGAAAGUGCUGUUGCCCUUCAAGAUGUUGGAGAAGCUCCAUCAAAACUUGAUCUCUAUAGAAUGAAAUAUGAGGUAAGAUUAAAGAAUCUUGAAAUUAUGAUGAAACAAAACAUAGAUUAUGACAAUGAAAAAUCCAGGAAUUUUGAAUUUGAUAAGGGAAAAUUGUCGAGAUUAUGGCAUCGUUUCACCAGGAUAUUCAAGUUAGUCCCAUUUCCUUUCAAAUCCAAUAGAAGAAAAGAACAACCACAUGAUAACUUUAUGCAGAAAUGGAAAGGUUUAUCAAUGUAUAGAAACGAUAUGUUUGGAGAAUUUGAUGAGUUUGAUGAUAUAGAAUUUGACAUAUCAAGCCAUGAAUAUGCAAAGUUUACCAGUUUGCUGAAAAGUCCGCGAGUUACAAUUCAUCAUGAUUAUGAUAUGCCUGGGUGGGUGCCGCAUGGUGCGCAUCCCCCAUCAUCCUAUGCCGACGGUCCGGAUGUCGGCAAUAAUAUGGCACCCCCACAAUAUAUUUUCGAGAUAAACAUAUUUGGGGGUACGGUAUGUUAUGGUCCAUGGGCUCAAAGACAAACAAAUCAUUUACAAAGUUUAUUAUCACCCUCCGUUUCAAGAACUGCAAAACCAAUCAAGAAGUUAAAACCUGGCUCCAAAAGAAUAUAUACGGUACUUAAAUUAACAAUCAACGCUAUGGAGGAUGUUACCUGGAGAAUCCCAACAAGAGAAAGCAGUAAAGAUGUUGAGUUUUUAAUGCAUUAUAAAGAAACAAACGAUGACUAUAGACCAUUCGGUUGGAUAGACAUAAAAGUAUCUAGAGACAGCUGUGGUAUAUUUGAUCUUGCUAUGUGUCCCACAUCCAAAGGUUUUAAAAAUACAAUUGAUGUACAAUUGGUAGACACUGAAAUUCGGUCUAGUGUCAACCAUGAUAUUUUUCUUAAAAGCAAAUCCUUUAGCUUCAAUUGUGAUAUCGGCUACCCAUUAGGCUGGAAUGCUGAAGCUAAUUGGACCAUUAUUAUGGAUUCAAAUCAGUUAGAAUUGUUUCUUCUACGGGAGCACGUCACUCUAAUCGCUGAUACAUUAACAGAUUUUUCAUCUGGAGAGCCUGUACCGUAUGAGCUUUUCAGACCAUUUGUAUAUCAUAUCAAAUGGAACAUGAAAGGGUAUUCUUUCUACUUGAAUGUCAAUGACCAUAAUAUUGUCAAUAAUCCUCUGGAUUUCAAUGAGAAUUGCUACUUAUCCAUUCAUGGUGAUGAUUUGACAAUGAACGUUAUGGUACCAAAGAAAACUAUCACAUCACGUUUUACUAAUAUGACUUACGACAUUUACACUCCAAUGUUUCGUUUGCUGUUAAAUACACCUCCAUGGAAUACGCUAAAUGAAUUCAUGAGAAAUAAAGAAGUUGGUAGAUCACAUGAUUUCAGAUUAAAGGGUUCUUACCUUAUUUAUUCCGAGCUUGAUAUUGACAAUGUUGAUACAUUAACAGUUGAAUGCUCAAGUCGUGGUACUGCACUGCACAUAUACGGAUUUGUUAUUCGAUACUUGAUUAAUGUCAAAAUGAAUUAUUUUGGAGAGUUUUUUCAUUUUGUAACAUCUGAAGAGUAUACAGGCAAUACAAGACCUACUGAUUUGGAAAAUAUUAUUUCAGAAGACAGAAGAGAUGACGAUUUCUCCAGCUAUGAGUCUGUAUCACGAAUAUCAUCUAAUAGCUCUGAUAAGAACCCCAAAGCCAAGAAAAAACAUAGUUUAAAAAAAUCGGAUCUUAAGCGUACAUCAAACGAAACAGAUAUUUGGUUUACAUUCUCCGUUUGGGACGGUGCUUUAAUUCUACCGGAAACGAUUUAUAAUGCAGAUCCAUGUAUUGCUCUACAUUUUGCCGAGCUCAUUGUUGAUCUUAGAAGCUGCAACUAUUAUAUGGAUAUUUUAGCAACCGCCUGUGAUAUAAACCUGAAAAGAUACGUUGGCAAGCGUGCCGAUGAAAUAUAUGAAUAUGUUCAUUUGAAUAAUGGUAAAGAUCACGAAGUACAUGGAACACUUUCUGAUAUUUAUAUUCAUGGUCACAGAAUGUAUGGACUCCCACCGACAGAGCCUACAUAUUUCUGUCAAUGGGAUAUGGACUUCGGCCACUUGAACAUUGAUUCCAACAUGUUUUUCUUGCAAGGUUUGUUUGGUGCCUUUUAUAAAAUCGGUUUUGGCUACAAAGAUCUUGAAAAUAUACUUCUAUAUGAAACGGAAAUUAUUGAUGAUAUGACGUCACUUACAAUAUUCAUUAAUACAAUAGAUAUUAGGUUGAAUGAUGUUGAUACUACGGCACAUGCUGACUUGAAACUGGAAAGAUUUUGUUUUACAUUGAUUGAUUUUGAAAAUGAAAGAUAUUCCAAAAGAAUGGACAUAAAAAUUCCUUCCCUCGAAUUUAACAUUUUUUCAAAUGAAGACAAUGAUUUGAGUCUAUUGAAUUUUAAAGUUGAUAUGAACUUUACAAACUUUGUUCAGAAUCAAGAUUUCAAUAAACACCGCAAAAUUCAAAGAGACUAUAUUGUAUUGAAUGAUGCUCCAUAUCAUAGAUGUGCAUUUUUAUUACCAGAAUCAUAUCAAAAAUCUCGUAUUUAUAAUGAGUUAUUUGGCGCUAUUGCCCCAUCAUCUUCUUUGCCACCGCUUCCUAUUCCAUUAACAGCUGACACUAUAGAGUAUGUUUUGGAAGAUUUGCUGGAAGACUAUAUGGGCUUGUUCGAAGGAAACUAUGAUAUAAAAGAAAGUAGUGUUGAAAAUUUAGAACUUUCUGCUAUCGAGGCUACCAGGGCAAUAACUGGUAUCGGGGCUGAAAGAACUCAUUCAAAUCCAAUUACUUUAUCCGAUUAUGCUGUUGAAUCUGAUAACUACGUUGUAAAAGUUGAAUCAAUAGUAAUUGAUAUAAACCCAGCAUUAUACACUACAAUCGAGAAAUUACUAAAACACAUUUAUGACCAAGAUGCAGUACAAAUUAUUGAUGGCAUUGAGAUUGGUAUUGUCAAAAGACUAAGUAGUAUACACGAUGGUGUGACAACGAUGACUAAUGUUAAGGUUCAGAUUAAGCAUUUCAAUUUGUUCUGGGGGGAGAAGGAGAGUGACAACGUUUCAAUGUUUUUCGACAAGAUGGACUUUGCUUUGACAGAAAAAACAUUGGAACAAAACUCCGAAAAAAAUUUACUAGAGAUGACGGUCUUGGCGAAAAUUAAGGCUGUCAGAUUGACAGUUGUGCAGCAACCAGGAUUAAUUCCGACUCAGGAAAGACCGCCAGCAAUAACAGUUGGCGUGGAAGGAUUUGAAUUCUGGUCCACUGCUAUUGAAAAGCAGGUCAACUCCAUUAGCGUAUCUAGUGCAGAUAUCACGGUUGAUGACGCUCAAGUUGAAUGGUUUUUCAAAUACAUUGUUAGACAAAAGUAUUUUUUUCUGGAUAUGUUGCAGUCUUACAACAGAAUACAGAAUAAUAGAAUAGAGUCACAAAAAGAACUUAUUUCAAGAUUAACAGCCGCUAGUGAGUAUUAUCAAAUUAGUCAUGAUCCUUAUGUCAUUACAAAGCCAGCUUUCAUUAUGAGACUUUCAAGAGGACACGUGAGGGAAAAUAAAAGCUGGAAAAUUAUAACUCGUUUGCGGCAUAUUUUAACAUAUUUGCCCAAGGAUUGGUACCUGAAUGUUGGCCAACCUUUAAGAGAUAGAAAAUUUGACCCAUCACAGGAUGCAAGAAGUAUAUUCAUGUCAAUUUUUUCCAAUUGGAGAAGUUGGGAGUUCUCAGAUGUUGCUAGGUCCUAUAUAUAUGGAAAAUUAUUUUUGAAUGAUCAUGCAGAAAAGAAAAAGCAAUCGUUACAGAAACUGUUCAAACUCAAUAUUGGUAACUUUUUCAUGACAGUGUAUAGUACAAAUUACGAUGUCGACCAUAGUAUUGUUGUUAGCAACGCAAAGCUACUCUUAGAGCUGACUCCAUCGAGCACCGAACCUAAAGAAAACAGUUUGCAAAGAGAGGAACUAAUAGAUAUAAGUGGUACAGUUGAUGUUAUAAAGGGUAAACUAUCAACUAAAUUAUUGAAACUACAGAAACUUAUUCCUAUUUUAACUGAAGGGAGUGAGAAACAACCUGUUAAACCUCCUCAGGAUACUAUACCUAAACCAUUCAAAAUGAAUGCUGCAUUUAUGGUGAAUAGUUGUGACAUACAAUUAGUGAUGGACGCAACAAAGUUAAAUAUGAAUGUAAAUGAUGGUAGGAUCAGUGUUUUGUGGGAGAACUUACAGGAUUCAACUGCACAGGCUGGGUCUGUGGUAUUGUUUUCGAAACAUACCGAAUUAGUACUAAAGCAUAUAAACUCUGUUCUCGCUGAGGGUCGUGUCUCUAAUUUCUAUGCGACAUUUACAACUGAUACAUGGGCACAGCGGCCAACCUACUUAAUCCAUUCAAAAUCAUCUAGUAUACAUUUUAGAACCAUGGCUAAAACCGAAAGAUUAGUAGAAGCUAUAAAGGAUAUAAAAUUAAAGAUAGACCAAAUUAGCGAACAACUAGAGCUUGAAAGAAGACUAACUCAGCACCCUACUGUUUAUGAUCCCAAUAAAAGUAACGUUAUUGCUUCCUGCUUGUUUUCAAAUGUUAGCAUGGACAUUAUGCCUGUUUCUCCAUUCGCAUUAAAAAAUUCAGCAAAACAAAUUGAUUUCUUCUACAACAAAUUUGAUUCUGACUCGUGGCUAAUAAAAUUGAAAGAUACUGAUUUUUUUUUAACUUCUGAUCAAACUAAGGAGCAAUAUAUGAGAUUGUCCAUGAAAAAACUUCAAAUUCGUGUCAAUGUUUCAUCAUCUAAACCAAAGUUAGUGGACAUUAACCUUUCAACUAAUUUAGUAAAACUAACCUUUUCUGAACCAAAAAAUAUUGUCUAUAGUUUUCUGAAAGAUGAACGUGUGGCAUCAGAAAGUGUUCAUUUGUUACAAACAUUGAAACCAUUAUUUUCCAUAUCUGAUGACAAGGAAAGCACACCCCAGUCAUACCAGGAGAAAACAGAAUACUUGUGGUCACUAGAUUCCAGCAUCGAUUACUUUGGUAUUCUUAUCCCAAUGACUUCUACUUAUUACGUCAUGGAAUUUCAUUCAUACGUGAGUUCCAUCUCCAACGCUAACGGUGCACCGUCAGGAAAUUUAGACAUCACGGGACACAUGUCUGUUGAGAAUAUUCUUUUCCUCAUUAAAGAAAGUUCUUUACCCGAUGGUCUUUCAAAAGUAAUCGACAUUGCGGUGAAUGUUUCAACAUUACAGAGAGUUGAUGACAAUAGCCGGUCUAUACAAGUCGAAAGCUCACAUGCAAGAAUAUGUCUUUCACCCGAUUCUUUACUACGUUUACUCUGGGGGUUUAAUCAAGGACAUAAAUUAUCAGAGCAUUACCUCAAGUAUCACUCUAAAUCUUUGUGGCAAUCGUUUGCAAAGAGCGAUGAUAAACAACAAGAUACAAAUUCAAUUAAAAGUAAUGAGACAUCUUUUUUCUCGUCAAUUAAUUCUAUCCACUUUCUAUCGUACAAUCUUUGUGUGGGUUGGCUAUUUGAAUAUGAAUUAGGACCUCCAAAGGGACUUAUUACAGGAUAUAGUAGACUAUUUUCAGCAUAUGAGAAUUGUAUGGGAAAACUUACAGUUAUUGAUUCUUAUUUUGCUGCCGCGCAAGGUAAUACCUCUUCUACUUUUUAUCCUGAAACCAAUGUGAAAGAACUAUUCAAUAGGUUCUACUUACCAAACAUGCAGAUUUUGUUUUGGUGGAAGGUUAUUGAAGGAAUGAAAGACGUUUACGUACGUUUCACUGGUGAGACCUUAGACGUUAAAUACUUGUCAGAUUUUAUGUUAACGAUAGAAUCAACUCUUCAUUCGAUUAAAAUGUUUCAAAAGUUGAAAAAAGAAUUAAUAGUGGAAACACCAAAGCGAGAAGUAGUACAUAUCAAAGAAGACAAGCCUGUUAAUUCUUCUAACAAUAUUUUGAAAAAUAUAAAGUCCGUUAAUUGCCAUUUUAAAUAUGAUGGUGGUACUUACAGUGUCUUUAAUAUAUCAGAUGGAUCAUUAAACCCAACACCUGCAAUUGAAAUUAAAAGUCCGGUAAUAUCUGUUGACGUAUUAUAUAAACAUGAAAAACAGAAUACCAAGCAUCAUUCGAUUAGAUGUUUGGUUAAUAUCGAUCCCACACAUAAUGUUCUCUAUGCCACUUGCGCUCCGCUUGUCAAAAAUUUUGUUGAAGAUGUCAGAAGUAUUUUCGGUAGAUAUGAAUCCGAAAAUAAACAUUCUGAGACAACUCCUACUUCAGUACAAAACAUCGAUUAUGAAAAAUUAUUAGAGGAUUAUGACCUAGCUAUAACUGUGACUUCUGCAAAGCAGCAAUUAAGUUUAAGCUGUGAACCAAAAGCAAAAGUUCAAGCUGAUGUAGGUUUUGAAGCACUUACAGUAUCAAUGACUACAAACCCAUUUGACAUUGACGAGCCUUUGGCUUUUUCAUUUUCAAUCAAAGAUACUAAAGCUUCCAUAAAGCACUUAUUCUCUCGUGAAACUAGCACUUCGUUUGGGGUCGGUUACCUAGAUCUAACGCUGCUGUUUACGCACACGAAUAGGAUUAACACCUAUGGAACAAGUUUGAUAUCAGAUAUUGAUCUGUACUUCAAUGUCAAACAACUACAGAAUUUGUACCUAUUUUUGGACAUAUGGCAAUUGAGUGAGCUGCUCAACCCAGUAACAUCCAGUCAAGAACAGGUUAUUCGAAAAGACAAGAAGAAAUCAGUUGAUAAGCCCAUUCAUAAUGAAAGCCAAUUGCCUUGGUGCUUUACUUUGAUUUUCACUAAUGUAAAGGGUGACAUCGAUCUUGGACCAUCUCUUGGAUUAAUCUCGUUACGGUUAAGUAGAACAUGGUUGGCAACAGAUCACUUCUCUGGAAAGAGGCAAAUUUUACAUGCGUUUGUGGAUGACUUGCUUUUGAUAUCCGAGGGUAGAUUAAGUGGUGUUGUCAAUAUAGAUGGUGCAAGUUGGGUGUCUGAAGUUAUAUGGCUACAGGAUUCUAAGCGUGACAAUAUUCCGCUUGUUGCGCUCUCACUAAAUACUGAUAAAAUUGAAAUUAAAGCAGCUUUUGAUUAUCAUAUGUUCUUAAUUGGUACGGUUAAUAACAUUCUCUUCCAAUUGCAUAGCGAACGUGAUAUGGUAGGAGUUGCCCCCGAUUUACUGAAAGUUUCAUUUUCUUGCGAAGAGAUCAAGCUCUGUUCAACAGCACUUGUUGCUGCCAAUAUCUUGGAUAUUUACAAUACAAUAAUAAGAAUGCGCCAGGACACCAAAAUAUCCUAUAUUGAAACUCUCAAGGAUUCUAAUAUGGAAACAAAUAAGCAAACUCUGGCUUAUAGAGACAUAUUGAAAUCCCUUCAGUUAUUAAGAACCGAUCUGACUGUCAGUAUUUGCUCUUUACAACUUCAAAUUUCUCCUAUAUCAUUAUUCGAUGUUGAAGUUGUUGUCAUAAAUGUUGUAAGUGUGUCUGCUAGAUCUGAAACCCAUUCUGAGGCGAAAUUAACUACAUCUCUAAAUAUGGAAGUUUAUGAUGCAACAUUAUCUCUUUCAACAGCCAAGCAAGAGUUAGAUGAAGAUGCAUUAUCGAAGAUUACUGUUGCUGAUUACAUGACUUAUGCAUCUAAGAUUCGUGGCGGUACAAUUAUUGAGAUACCGAGGAUGGGUGUACAGAUGACAACCUGGCAAGAAGAGAAAAGCGACAUUUUAGAGUAUUUGUACUCCUGUAAAUUCCACGAUAAGGUUGCUGUGAGAUGGAACUUGGGCCCAGUUAACUUUAUGAAGGAGAUGUGGACUACACAUGUGAAGGCUAUUGCCGUUCGUAGGUCUCAAGUUUUAACUGGUUCAUUUAAUGUAAGUGAGAAGGAUGUGGAAAAGCGAAUUAAGGAAGAAGAGAACAUAACAAAGUUAAAUUAUGUACCUGUUGAAGAACCUCAAAUAGAUAUGCCACAGAUCAAGGACCUUGGUGACGCCACCCCUCCUGUUGAGUGGUUUGGUGUUAAUAGAAAAAGGUUUCCCGCAUUCACACAUCAAACAGCAGUUGUACCAGUUCAGAAUUUGGUUUACCUUGCUCAAAAGCAAUACGCGAAAACCCUUGGGAGAUCUAAAUAA